AUGUCGACGACCGUGGAGAAGAUUAAAGAGGUCGAGGCCGAGAUGGCCCGGACGCAAAAAAACAAGGCGACGUCGUACCAUUUGGGACAGCUCAAGGCGAAGCUCGCAAAGCUCAAGCGCGAGCUGCUGAUGCCGACGAGCGGUGGCGGUGGUGGCGGGACGGGCUUUGACGUGGCGCGGACGGGCGUGGCCAGCAUCGGUUUCAUCGGGUUCCCGUCGGUGGGCAAGAGCACGCUGAUGAGCCUGCUGACGGGCCAGCACUCGGAGGCAGCCGCAUACGAGUUCACGACGCUGACGAGCGUGCCGGGCCAGGUGACGUACAACGGGGCGCCGUUGCAGAUGAUUGAUCUGCCCGGCAUCAUCGAGGGUGCCAAGGACGGCCGAGGCCGAGGUCGACAGGUGAUUGCGGUAGCCAAGACGUGCAACCUGAUCUUCAUCGUGCUGGACGUCAACAAGCCGCUGACGGACAAGCGGGUGAUCGAGAACGAGCUCGAGGGCUUCGGCGUGCGCAUCAACAAGCAGCCGCCCAACAUCACGUUCCGCAAGAAGGACAAGGGCGGCCUCAACAUCACGAGCACGAUGCCGCUGACGCACAUUGACCACGACGAGAUCCGCGCCGUCAUGAGCGAGUAUCGCAUCAACUCGGCCGACAUUGCCAUCCGCUGCGACGCUACUGUCGACGACCUGAUCGACGUGCUCGAGGCCCGCAGUCGCAGCUAUAUCCCGGUCAUCUACGUGCUCAACAAGAUCGACGCCAUCACCAUCGAGGAGCUCGACCUGCUGUACCGCAUCCCACAUGCCGUGCCCAUCAGCUCCGAGCACGGCUGGAACAUUGACGAGCUGAUGGAGGCCAUGUGGGAGAAGCUCAGCCUCGUCCGCGUCUACACCAAGCCCAAGGGACGGCUGCCCGACUACACGGCGCCCGUGGUUUUGCGGUCCGGCAAAUGCACCGUGGAGGAUUUCUGUAAUGCCAUCCAUCGGAGCAUCCUGGAGCAGUUCAAGUCGGCCAUCGUGUACGGGAAAUCGGUCAAGCAUCAGCCACAACGGGUUGGCCUGGCACACGUGCUGGAAGACGAGGACAUUGUCACGAUCGUCAAGCGGUGA